AUGGCUCAACCAUGGGAUUACAUAGCAAAAAUCGUAUCCCUAGGCGACUCCGGAUGCGGUAAAUCAAGUCUCACAGUCCGGCUGUGCGAAGGCCGCUUCUCACCACACCACGAUGUAACUAUCGGCGUAGAAUUCGGCUCGCGCAUAGUCCCCGUCGGCCCCCCAGCCUCAUACGCCCUCAACAUCAAUAACCCCUCGGCUGCGGCCCAAGCACAAGCCCCCAUCUCCCCCGCGAAACAAAAACAAGAACAAAAGCACAUGAAGCUGUCGCUCUGGGAUACCGCCGGCCAAGAAACAUACAAGAGCAUCACCCGCAGCUACUUCCGCGGCGCCUCAGGCGCAUUGCUGGUCUUUGAUAUCUCGCGCAAAAACACCUUUCUCUCCGCAACCUCGUGGCUGCACGAUCUCCGUCAAAUCGCCGAAGAAGGCAUCGUCGUCGUCCUCGUUGGCAACAAAUCCGACCUCGCCUCCGAAGCCGCCGCAAACAAGCGCCAGGUCUCGCGCGAAGAAGCAGAAGAAUGGUGCAAAGCAAACGGCGUCAUGCAGUAUGUGGAGACGAGCGCAAAGAGCGGAGAGGGCGUCGAAAGAGCGUUUCUGGAGGUUGCAGAGAGAAUAUAUCAGAAUAUUGAGGCGGGCAAGUACGAUUUAAAUGAUCGAAGGAGUGGUGUUAAAGGGCCUGGGGGUGGAGGCGCGAAUAGAGGUGGUGUCAAUCUUAAUGAUGCGAGUAAGAAGGGGAAACAGCAGGGUUGGGGGAGCUGUUGUUAG